GUCUUAAAAAAAUACUGAUUAUUUAUGGUUAAUGGUGGGUUACAGUGAAAUAAAUAAAUAUGUAUUUAUUUUUCGUUUCUAAAUUGCAAAUGAAAGCAAACUGACAAGAAAAAUAUAAUAAAUGUUCUUUUCCAUAAAUCGUUUCAUAUUCCCAGUUGUUAGUUAGGGCAUUGUUUCUAAUAUGGCUUUGAGUGUUAGAGAUUUGUGUAGAUUGUGUGCAAAGAAAGACGAGUUUUCAAAAGAUCUAUUGCACGAAAAUAAUCGCAAUGUCCUAAAACUGUUACAAGAUUUCAUACAAAUUACCAUCUAUGAGGAUGACUCUUUGCCGACGAAGAUCUGUCUGAACUGUGAAGAAAAAAUGGUGUCAUUCCAACUUUUCAUUCUUGAAUGUUAUAAGACUCAAGACACACUGCAAAAGAUGUUUGAUGAUCAUGACUCCCAUGACAUCAAGGUAGAACAAACACAAGCAGCUAUGGAAUAUGAUGUUUCUAUCAAAUCAGAGGUCAAAGAUGAGAUGUCAGCAGAAGAUAUAGUUUGUGCAUUAAACAAUGAUCCAUCAUUGUCAGUCAUUGAUGCUUUCCCUGACAGCAAUGAUGAACAUGAUGACAUUGACAUACACAAUGUGGACGUUAAGAAUGAUGAUGAUGAUGAAGACUAUCUUGAUGAUAUUGCCAUAGCAGCACUGAAACCUAUCAAAACAAAACGCAUCACAAGAAGGGAAGUUACAGAACAGGACACGGAAAAGUUAAACCAAGUUCUUAGAAAGUCUUAUUCAAAAGUAAAGGAUUAUGUAAAGAUGCAAUGUGAUUUUUGCGGAGAGAAACAGAAAACAUGGAGUCACCUACGAAUACAUUAUUUCAAAGAACAUAAUAGUGGGCCAUAUGCUUAUUGCCUUUGUGGGUUUGUAGUAAGAUCCAAAAGUGUUCUUUACAAGCAUGUAUCAGAGCACAAGUUAGAAAGUAGAAAAUUGAGGAAGGAGGAAGAAGAUGAUAAUGAAGAGAAACAAAAGAGGGAAUAUGCAAGUUUGAAUGUUAAAGAUUUUAUAAGGUUUAUAUGUCCACAUUGUCAGAAGGAAUGUCCAAGUUGGUAUAGACUAAAGGCACAUUCUGAGAGUAUGCAUAAAGUAUCACCAGUAGUGUCUUGUAUAUGUGGCAUCACGCUGAAAUCUAAGUCAGUAAUGUACAAGCAUGUGCAUGACCAUAGAAAUCCGAAUGUACUAUCGUGUGACAAGUGUCCCCGCAUAACGAAAACAUUAUCAGCUUUAAAUAAACAUAAGAUGAGACACAUACCUAAAUCUGAAAGAAAGUUUUGCUGUGCAUCUUGCGAUAAAAUAUUUACUUCAAAGGACGCGUUGAAAUCACACGAGAGAUCUCACAUUCCGAUAGAGGAACGAAAAAUAUAUCGCUGUGAUAUGUGCAAUAUGAAGUUCACGACUCGGUCAUCGGCGGCGUCACACAAGCGCGUGGUGCACGACAAGAUCAAGGGUUACGUGUGCGAUCUGUGCGGGUACGCGUGCGGCACCAACGGCGAGCUGCGCCAGCACCGCGCCAUACACAGCGACGACAAGCCCUUCGUCUGCAGGAAGUGCUCCAAAUGUUUCAAGACCUACUCAAACCUGAAGACACACAUGGACACUCACGCGGACACGUCGUACGAGUGCUACAUCUGUCGCCGCGUGCUGAAUAGCCGCCGCACGCUGCGCAAGCAUCUGCUCGUGCACGAGGAGAAGUGCAAGCAUGUCUGCUCCUACUGCAACAAGGCCUUCAAGAGGCGACAGACUUUGAAGGUACACAUGUACACACACACGGGCGACAAGCCGCUGUCGUGCAAGUGGUGCGACGAGCGCUUCUCGUACGCGUCGACGCUGCGCUCGCACCGCCUGCGCUGUCACCCCGACAAGAUGGCCGCGCAAGCGCAUGAGAACUACUCCAGUUAUGCGCAUGCCGCCAUGCAAGAGGAUUAUAUCAAAAACGACGUGGGAGCCGUAAAUCUUCCAGUAUCAGUAGCGAAAAAUGAAGUCGAGGCUAUGUAACCAAUGAAGGCAGUGCCGAUGAUAACGCGAACUAUAUGCAAUUAACAAAGAAGGAAUUUAGCACUUAUGUACAUCGUACAGAAUAGGUAUUAUUAGACUUAGUAGAAAACAAUAUUUCAGUUAAAAUUCUAUUGUUCCAAUAUGUUUUUUUUCUAUUCUAAGGCAAAUAUAUAGAUGUAAAUAUUUAUUCAUAGUUAUAUCAAAUACAUAGUUAUUUGACACAUAUAUUUCUUACUUAAAAUUACUUACAUAAUUAACCUAGCUGCAAUAUACCGUAUUGGAUCAGUUUUAAAACUGACUGUAGUGUCCGAAUUUUACAACUAAAUUAUAGGUACUUUUGACAAUAACGUCAAUGUAUUAACUUAUAAAUGUUUUAGCCCAGUCAAUUUAGACAUUUGAAAUAACAAAAAAUUGAAUUUUGAUCCUAAUGUUAACAUGGAAAAUUCAUAAAAAGUCAACAUAAUAGGCCGUGGAGCAGGCCCAUCAACAGAAAAACAUUAACGAAAAUGCAUCAAUUACACUGCUCCGCUGGUACAUAAAUAAAUAAAAUGUAUCUAGCUGGUAUCUUAGAAUCACUAUAUCUUUGGAAUGGUGAUUCUUAUGAAAAAAGUGUUUUAUUUUGUAGGAGUAAAAGUCGAUUUUGCUCACUCUAGCGAAGCAAGAAAACCUACAUGCUUGAGCUACUGAAGUGAAAAUAUUUUAUUUAUGAUGGUGAACCCAAGGUCUCUACUAGAAUUCAGCUCUUUGCAAAUUUAUGUUAUUUGAGCACCAUUGUUAUGUCUCAAUUGACGGGACUAUUUUGGCAAUUCAAGAAGUUUAGUGCCUCUGAAAUAAUAUAUAGUUAAAAAAAAACACUUAAUAGUUUUUAGUUAAUCAUAAUUGUUUAACGCAAUUACGUUGUAAUUCUUUAUGGAAACAUGUAAGUUAAAAACUGGCUAGUAAAUAAAUUGAUGACCAUA